AGACACUUCAACAAUUGACCUGCCGUACUACUAUGAUUCUAGCAAUGUACUCGAAUACCCGUGUGUUUCCGACCACGUUGUUCCGCGUUGCACAAUCCAACCUUCAUAAACGGGUCAAUGUGUUAAUCUUUGUUAUCCUCCUACUUUGUCAACGGAUAUUUGUGAUAUCUUUGACUUUUUUCACUAACAUAGACUUUGAGGAACCAGGAGAGUAAAGCGCUUCAGGACAGGUGAAGAAAUGCAGCACCGCGCACCAAAUCGAGUGCAGCAGAGAAAGAGAAAGGUCGAUGCGCGAUGGCAGUCAGUCCAUCGUCGUUCCAUCCUCUCGUGUCGAUAGUUGCCGGCCCGCCGAGAUCACUUUCAUUCCCCCGGACCCACAAUCUCUUCUAUAAGACACCCGGUUCCAAUCGACCUCCCCCUCACAUUUCAGCUGGAUCCAGCGAAUUUUCGAGACAAGUUUUCAAAAAACUCGGAAGGGAAAUCGAGGCCGAGUCGGGGUUGAAAUCUUGUCCGAGUCCAAACAAGUCACCUCGAAAUCCAGUAAGUUUGGUAGAACGGGCGGUGAGGAGGCUGACAGUCAGGGCAGCGACUUCCUCCAUGGAAUUGUCGACGAAAACUGGUGGGGAAGUUGAACACGAUGGAAAGCGCCCGCCUAUGUUUAAAGAAGAAUCGUAUUCACCUCCUUCCUGGGCGGCCCACCUUCAUCCCAUUCCGCCGUCGUUCUUCAGCCUCGGCCUUUUCCCAACUCCAAUUCAUCGUUGGGAUCUUCCGGGAUUGGCACCCGGAACUGAAUUAUGGGUCAAGAGAGAUGACUUGACCGGAAUGCAGCUGAGUGGAAACAAAGUCCGCAAGCUGGAGUUUCUCAUGUCAGAUGCUAAGGCAAAGGGUGCUGAUUGUGUGAUCACAAUUGGGGGAGUACAGAGUAAUCAUUGCAGGGCAACAGCUGUGGCUGCUCGUUAUUGUGGCCUCGACUCUUACCUCAUUCUGCGUACGAGCCGGACUGUAGUAGAUGAAGAUCCAGGCCUAGCAGGCAAUCUGCUUGUGGAGCGUUUAGUGGGUGCUCAUAUUGAUCUUGUGACCAAGGAGGAGUAUGUCCAGUACGGCAGUAAGGCUCUUGGUGACAUGCUGCUCAAGAGGCUUAGAGCAGAAGGCAGGAAGCCCUACUUGAUUCCGGUGGGCGGUUCGAAUACACUUGGUUCAUGGGGCUACAUUGAAGGGGUGAGAGAGAUCGAGACCCAACUACGACAAGGAAACGCUGAUGGUGCUACGCACUUUGAUGACAUAGUGAUGGCCUGUGGAAGUGGAGGUACCACCGCAGGACUUGCUUUGGGUUCUCAUUUGAGCACAUUAAAAUCCAAAGUGCAUGGUUAUGGCGUGUGCGAUGAUGAAAAGUACUUCUACGACUACAUCCAAGACCUCUUAGACGGUUUCAAUGCCGGUGUCAUCUCGAAGGAGAUCCUCGAAGUCAAAAUGUCCAAGGGUGCUGGAUAUGCAAUCAGCUCUCCAGAAGAGCUCAAGAUUGUCAAAGAUGUGGCGGAGCAGACUGGGCUUAUUCUUGAUCCUGUUUACAGCGGAAAGGCUGUGAAUGGGUUUUUGAAGGAUAUGAAAGAGAAUCCUAGCUACUGGCAAGGGCGGAAGGUUUUGUUUGUACAUACAGGAGGGUUAUUGGGUAUGUACGAUAAGGUAGAUCAGUUGCAGCCUAUGGUAGCAAAAUCUCGACGCAUGCUCAUGGAAGGAUGAGACGGCACAGAACCGAAACGGAUUUGUUCUCAGAUGUGAUGGCCUCAGAUUUGCUUGAGGCGGAGUUUUCCUGCGGACCUCCACUGAGGCAGCCUAGCCUCAUUAUUGUGCAUAGAGAAUAUCAGCAUCAGGAUUGGACCCUCUCCGUCGUAUGCUUUGAUUCAUGGAAGUAAAACCAUGAGCAGCAAUAGAGCGUUUUGCUCUUCGACUGAGGAUUUGAGUCGUGGGCGGAAACACGCCUCACGAGCAAGCUUCUCAGCAUUCUUGUACAUUCAACAACUUGAAAUCCGAAUAUUUGAAGGGACUUGGC